CAUGCGCUGAGCUGGCAGAGCCACAGUCAGUCAGGGCUGAUCCCUCCGCCCGCUGCGCCCGAGGAGAGGAGAGGAGACACGGACAGGCUCGAGUCCGGGGUGCUGGAGACCCACCUCACCACACACUGUCUCCAAGGACAACAUUAAGGCACCAGGACUGGAAAAGACCUGAGGAAAUCGCGAACCCGACACGGAGACACCAUCCGGACACGAAGCUGAAAAGGGGGACGUCUCCUCUCCAUCGCCUUUUGCGCACGACCACCCAUUAAAAACCCCUGUGGAUCAGCGCCGCACGCGAGCGAUGCACCUUGAUGCCAAGACAACGAUCACUCCGAUCGGUUUCUGUUUGUUUUUUUAGCGUGUCGUUCUUAAGCAGUCAUUCCAGAGUCGAUAAUAACAGUACGGACACUGUGUUGACACACACACACACACACAUGCAUGCAUUUAACGGGUUUCUUCUUCAUGAGAAUGUCCUCAUGGCCUGAAACUGACAUAAACUACUAAAUCCGUCGCAUUCACUCUGGAUUGACGCCUUUUUUUUUUAAUCUUCGCAAGUCUUGUGCUUUCUGCUUUUCCGAUCACUGUCACGCGUGUCCAGACAACAGUCUGAUGCUCUCAGACAGCAGUAGAUUAUUCAGUCACUGGUGACAGUGCCCUUUUGCGUAAUCGGCCGGGCCUUGCUUUAAAACUGACUCCUUAUUUUGCAACCCAAGGGAACUUGAGCAAACAUCCCCCCUGGAAAGUUCAAGGUGGAGACCAGUGCUGGGCCAUAACACAUCCAGGAGGUUUUACAGAAGGUUGCAGGCUCUGGAUCGCAUGCCGUCAUGCUGUCCUUAGACGAGCCACUUGACCUGAAGGUGCCGAGGGGGCGGGGCAGUGGGCGGAGCAGAGGCGCCAGGUCUCCGCCCACUCUCACUCCCUCUCUCAUUCACGCCAAGGGGGCGGGGCAGCUGCGGAUGGCAGACGACGGGACCGCCGUCAUCGUUCCAGCAUCCCCUGCCUCUCCACACACAGGUGCCCUGCAGGCUAAAUCGGAGACCCCCACACCGCCUGCUGUGGACCUCAGCAUGUCCCCGUCCUCCCGAAACACCGCCUGCUCUCCAGAUCUCUCCAAUGGAAAUGGCUCAGCUCCUGUUUUCCCCGGGGACUCGGCUCAUAUCCGUUACGUGGAGGGAGGGGCAACAUCUCAAGCCUUCCAGUUCUUCCUCCCCAUUGGAGGAGGUGGAGGGCUUCACCUGCCUUCCUCGAUGUUCAUUCGGCAGCCCAAGGACACACGAGCUUCUCCAGACCUCUCCGCAGAUGAACAGCUGGCCUGUCGCUGGAGGAAGUGCCACCUACUUUUUGACUCCUUGCAAGACCUGGUGGAUCACGUCAAUGACUUCCAUGUCAAGCCUGAGAAGGAAUCUGGGUACUGUUGCCACUGGGAGGGAUGUGCACGCAAAGGACGGGGAUUCAAUGCCAGGUACAAGAUGUUGAUACACAUCCGUACCCACACCAAUGAGAAACCUCACCGCUGUCCUACCUGCAACAAGAGCUUUUCCCGCCUGGAGAACCUCAAGAUACACAACCGCUCGCAUACAGGAGAGAAGCCCUACAUCUGUCCCUACGAGGGCUGCAACAAGCGCUACUCCAAUUCCAGUGACCGGUUCAAACACACGCGCACGCACUAUGUGGACAAGCCCUACUACUGCAAGAUGGUGGGCUGCUUGAAACGCUACACGGACCCCAGCUCCCUGAGGAAGCAUAUUAAGGCUCACGGGCACUUUGUCGCCCAGGAGCAGGGAGGAACAGGUGGGGUGGGAUCUCUGAUGAAGCAGGGGCAGAUUGCAGGGGCAGGGAAAGAAUCUGAGCUGACUUAUGUCAGUGGGACCCACUUUAUCAUUCCUGGUGCUGCCGCUGCUCUCUUGGGUGGUCAUGGUCUGCAGGGUCUUGGAGGAUCCCUCCCCUUGUCUCCUCUCAAUCCCCACCCCUUGGACUUGAGCACACUGGGAUGCCCAAGCUCCCCUCCAGCUGGGCUUAGGAAGACCUCCAUCCUGUCCUUCAGUGGUUCCCCACUUGGCCUGGCCAAGUCACCCUUGCUCUCUCAUACCUUCUCAUCUUCCACAUUGGGGUUGCCCAUGGUGCCAAUUUUGGGCUCGGAGCGCAGGGACCAUGGCAAGGCCAGAGGUGAGGAGGGUGAGGACGAGAUCCACGGUGGAGUGCUCAACUUGUCUACAGGGGCAUCCAACGACCCCCUGUCUUGGGUUGUCAUCCCUUCUGGCUCAGUGGUGCUGAAGCCAGCUGUGGUCAACUGAGUGCCACAUUCCAGAGGAACAGCAGGGGAAGGGUGGGGGUGGAACAGGGGUCAAAGUUCAGAGGCAAGCCGAUGGGGGUUUUUCUUAAAGCAAAUGCAGUUCUGCUUGGAGGUGACACCAUCUUCAACUUUUAGCACUACUUGAUUUCUAAUUUGUACCUUAUGAUCGGACACAUUUACCUGUUUCUUGUGAUUAUAGGGAUGGUACCUUGAAGCAAAAUUAUUGUAAGAAUCUAGAAAGUGGCCAAACACUCACCUCCAUUCCAUUUUUUUUUUCUUAUUACCAGGGUUUUCCAAUCUUGCUCCUGGAGAGUUAAGCUCCAACCUGCUCCAACAAAUCUGCUUGAAAGUUCUGAGUAAUCCUGGAAGAGCUUGAUUAAUUGUGUGCUAAAGUAGUGGUGGGCAAAUAUGGCCAUCAAAGUCCACUGUCCUGCAGUUUAGUUACAACCCUCGCUAAACACAAACUAAUCAAAGUCUAUAAGAUUUCUAGAUAAAUUACAGCCAGGUGAGUUAGUUGGAUGUAAACUCAGUGGACCUUGAGGGCCAGGGUUGCCCUACCCUGGUCUAAACUCUGCAGAAAGGUGGCCCUCCAGAAGCAGAAUUGGAACCUAAGUCUAACUGACUUUGUUUUAGCACUGAGGUAAAUGGCAUACUUCCGAAUCUGUGCCCUUGCUUCAAGAUAUAAUUGUAUUUAUGCGUAAGAGAAACUUUUGGACGACAGUGUACGCAACACACUAAAGACACAAAUGUAUGCUAUUAUUCUUCAGGAACUGACCUUCAAGCUGUCUUGUGCGUCAUGAAAAGACUUCUGAGCGUAGCAAGCUAGAAAUCUGUGAGGCUAAAUCGCAUGGGCUUGAUCAGGUUUGCAAAAGGGUGCUAAGGUCGUAGGUCAGACACAGAGCAGCUCUUUUACUUGCCGUCAAUCUGUUGUACCCUUUAGACCAGUAGUGUCCAGGUCUGGCCCUCAAAUGCCACUUUUCUGCAGAGUUCAGCUCCUUCACACAAGUUUCUAGUGAUCCUAAAGACCUUGAGUAGCUGGUACAGGUGUGUUUAUUUAGGGCUAGAGCUAAACUUUCCCUGACGGUGGCCCUUUAAGAGCAAGAAUGGACACCACUGCUUCAGACUGUCCCGAGUCCCACCUCGGUCAGCGGGUACCCUCGGCAUCCCUUGCAAGUGAACUUCCUUAGCUCAAUACUAUUGCAAGCUAUAUGUAAAACAGUGCAUUUGCUGCUAGCGGUGUCACUGCAAUGUAAGCAUACAUCUUUGAAUAAAAAAUAGACAAAGUAUGAACGACAAUCUGUCCUCUAAGGAGGAGGAAAUAGAAACCUUGACUAGCUCUAUUUUGUUGAAUAAGAGACUUACAGACACAAAGCUCAGACUGACUGAGUUUUAAGACAUACAAUGGGACAAACUCACCUAGCGGUCAUGCUAAUGCCUCAUCGGACAUGGCACUGUUGUAAAUAGUGCCAUCUUAUGGUCAUCACUUGUAUUGCACACUACUAGCUGAACCAAGGGCCAGAUGUAAUAGUAUCAUCCUGCUUUGCCGUAUACUAGCAUGGCAGGAUAAAACAAAGGACCUUUGGCUGAUGCAUAAUAGUGGAAUGUUUAAAAUAACUGUAAUCCACAAUCCAGUGGACAUGUUGACACUUGCAAUACACCAGUUUAAGUGUACUUCAAUGAUUAAUGGCCUAGGUCACUUAAAAUAACUUUGCUUUCACAGUUUGCCCCAUGUUAAAAUCACUGUGCUUAAAAUCUAAAAGUAAACCCUGAGAUUAAACUACGGACUUAAUAAUAAAGAGUAGAAGCCCUAUUCAGGUGGCCAGAAGUUAGCAUUUUGAUGUGACCCUUUCACAUGACCCACAUCAACAUUCUCCAAUACAUCAAACUCUAGAGCAAGGUGUCAAGUUUCAGCAUUACCCCCGACACCACCUUACACCAAUGGAGUUGUAGGUGAUGCUUCAAGUACUAAAGAUUUCACAUUUGACCCCAUUUUGCAAUGAUUUUUUUUCCCAGUUGCAUGAUGCGUAAUUAUGUGGUACAUCAUACAAACUGAGAAUAAAAACUCAAAAGACAGAUUCUGUGCUAGAUUUAAGGCACAUCAAGUUGUACAACACAACCUUUGAGACAGAUAUUCCUAUUGUGCAUUUUAUGAUGAUUUCUCAAACAUCAAAGAUGUGUCUAAUUAUUGUGUUUAAAGGUACAUUUAAAUCCUGAAGUGGGUCAUGUGAGUCUUUUUCACCCCUCCAUUGAUGAUCAACCUGUCACAAUAAAGACCUCAUUCAGAUUAAAAUUAUGAUUAAAUCUUCUCCCCUGAACUCAGGCACGUAACAGCUUCUGUCUUCUCUGGAGAAAUACUACUGUAACAGAGAUGACAUAUUUAGAGCAUCUUUCAAUAAUGUCCGUUACUGAUAGAUUUGGAGAAAAACAUUAUAGGACAAACGAAUGUAAUGUAAAAACAUUCCGACUGAAAUAAUCGCACUUCCUUAAAGCAUGUACCCUGCCCUCCCCUCCAAACCAUUUUUACACUCAGAGUCUAAUUCCAUCAUUAUUUUUGUUGUAUUGCUUGUGGAAACUAUACGAUUAAUGCUGUUUUGUUUUGCAGACUUUUUUUGUUAUGUUUGUUUUGGACGUGACAUUUCCUGAUGUUGAAGUUGCUACAUUUCUGUUAUCGCUAUUCUGUGUUCAGCUUUCUCCAGCUGAUGAAAGAGGGAGAAACUGACAGAUAAGUUUGUGGGUAAGAAGCCCUUAUAUUUAGGCCUAGCCCAUAAUCGUGAUGUUUUGUAUGUACAUGUAAUGUUUAAUGUCCCGUAUAAUAGACAUUCAACCAAUCAACAUGUCCGUAAAUUGCCAUUCUCCACAUCUUUAACGUGCGGCGAGCCUCAAAAGUAGGCCACUGACCCUUACACGGCCCCAGAUUAUUUUUAUUUAUUCGGUUGAAGCCAAGAAAAGGUGAACCCUGUGCUUCUAUAAAGCCUUUUAGAAGAGAUAACAUGCAAAUACAUGCAGCAAUCAAACAAAAUCCUCUCAAGUUUGGAGCUUUGACUACAUAAGCAUGUAUUUAGGAGGCUUAUGAUGUCUAUUAACCCUUGCAUCCUUCAAACAAGUUGGAAAUAUCUUUGCCCAUCUUAUCCUACUCCCUUUUCUCAUGUUGUUGGCUGGAGAAAGCUGAUACUGACACAGACCUGUCAAGGUCUACAUCAAUGUUUUAUAUCAGAUAAGCUGUUUGAACAUUUAACCCUUUGAGCACUCUGAAAACGGCCACACUGUUUUACACAGGAGACUCCAAAGGCCUUAACAAAGCCAUGGUGCAUCCCCAAUGAAUCUGAAUUUACUGCAACUGUAUGUGAGAGACUUAAGCAAUAAACUGAAUGGCAAGGAAGAUCUCAUAGCAAGAUAUUUAAAUUUAGAUGUUCACUUCAAUGAUGCAAGAAACUAUAUACGGUACAUAAAUUAAGCCCCAUUUUAGAAUAUAAAUAAAAAUCUCACACUAAAAGUAAAGAUGGUUGUAAAAUGAAAUAAUAACAGGACAAAUUCUUCAAGUGCCACAGAGAUGCACAAAGGGUUAACAAAAAGACUAUGGCCUGGAAAGGCCAGUAUCCUUUUUUUUUUUUUUUUUGCACAUUUUUGAGAUAUUUUAAUAUCAGUAUUUUUUUUUCCAAGUGCCUUUUAUUAUAGUUGAAAUGUAGAUGUAAUACAGUAUAUGAAAAUAAAGAUAUAUAUAAAUAAAUAUAUAUAUAUUUUUUCCCAGCAUCAUGUUCUAAAGCUGAACAUGCAGAAUUGUAGAGCUGUAAAAGUCUCCAGUUGGUACAACAUAGGUGUGUGCUCCUGUUUUAGAGGAUUUUUAUUACGAUAUUGAUAAGGAUGUCAAUGGAAAUAAAAGAAACAAAUCUUUAAUAAAUUUGCAUUUGAUAAA